AGCUUUUUAGUAUAUGUGAACAAAAACAUGCCGGUCCGGGUUUUUAAAGAAGCAUAAAGAUAUUUCUGUUCUGUACUGUAAACUGUAGCGGAUUUAUUAUUUACACUUCAGGAGCGAUGUGUGUGCUGUAGGGAGCAGGUUGAAUGUUGUGAAUGGGCGCUGUGCAGCGAUGAUGGCCGCCGAUAAUAAGAUCCAGUUCUGGAGGAAGAAUGUGAAGAGCAGCUUGCAGCCUAUCUAUGGGGCGCAGUACCCUCCUGUGGACCCUCGGGUACUUUGCUCGUUUCCUAAAGACACUCCAAAGACAAACACUGUGACUGUCAAAUCAAAAAAGCCAUCUUCGUUCCACGAGUUUGCACGCAGCACCAACGAUGCCUGGGACAUCGACGAUGAAGAGGACAAGGAUUUCUUCCCUUCAGCACGUCCCUCUGUUGUUUCCACCCAGUCGAACUCCACACUCCAAACGCCUAGUCGCAAAGUGCCCAAUUGGACAACGGAAAAAGAGCCAGUGGACAGACUGGACCCCACAGAGCUCUGCCAUGAUCAGCUGAGUAUUGGCAGCGAGGCGACCAAUGGUAGAGUGUCGAGGUCCAGCAGUGACGUCCAGCUGAACAGCAGUUCAGAACGCAGUACACUGCAGAAGCAGCGAUCUCUUCCCGUACGCCCCCUUAUCCCCCUGGUCGCUCGCAUUUCAGACCAGAAUGCAUCAGGAGCUCCUCCUAUGGCGGUGCGAGAAAAGGCCCGGUUGGAUAAGUUCAGGCAGCUGCUGGCCAGUCCCAAUACUGACCUAGAGGACUUGCGGAAGCAUAGCUGGUCAGGUAUACCACGAGAAGUGCGGCCGAUUACUUGGAGACUUUUAUCAGGUUACCUCCCGGCGAACAUGGAACGCAGGGAGCAGGUCCUCCAGAGGAAGAGAGAGGAAUAUUUUGGCUUCAUUGAGCAGUAUUACCACUCCAGAACAGACGAGAACCACAGUGACACCUACAGACAGAUCCACAUUGAUAUUCCCAGGACAAACCCACUGAUCCCACUGUUUCAACAGGCGCUUGUACAGGAGGUGUUUGAGAGGAUUCUGUUCAUCUGGGCGAUCCGACACCCAGCCAGUGGCUACGUGCAGGGCAUCAACGACCUCGUCACACCCUUCUUCGUCGUAUUUCUCUCAGAGUUUGUGGAGGAGGACAUGGAGAACUUUGAAAUGGCUAAUUUGCCAUUGGAAACGCAGCGCAACAUUGAAGCUGACAGUUUCUGGUGUAUGAGAAAGCUGCUGGAUGGAAUACAGGAUAACUACACAUUUGCUCAGCCGGGGAUUCAGAAAAAAGUAAAGGCUCUGGAGAAGCUAAUCAGCAGGAUUGACGAGGACGUGCACCUGCACUUUCUGAAGUGUGAGGUAGAGUACCUACAAUUCGCUUUCCGCUGGAUGAACAACCUGCUGAUGAGGGAGCUGCCGCUGCGCUGUACCAUUCGCCUUUGGGACACCUACCAGGCUGAGUCGGAAGGUUUCUCUCAUUUCCAUCUCUACGUCUGUGCAGCAUUUCUCCUCAAGUGGCGAAAAGAGAUUCUCUCCGUGCUUGACUUCCAGGGCCUGCUGAUGCUUCUGCAGAACUUACCGACGAUACACUGGGGCAACGAAGAAGUGGGAUUACUCCUGGCUGAAGCCUACAGGCUGAAGUACAUGUUUGCUGAUGCUCCCAGCCACUACAGCAGAUAAAGAGUUCAGAACCAAGCCACUGUUUUAGCCUGGAUCAUUUCCAUGACCUAAAAUGAGAUGGUACAACCUGGUCUGUUCUUCUUUUGAUUUUUGACUGGGAAUCCACACCUGCUCAUCAUGCUUAGGAACAAAAGGAAGGUCAAAAAUGGAUCUUAAACAACAUUGCUGUGCUACAGAUUGCUUCAGCGUAAAGGAGAAGAGAAGCCAGCAGUCUCUUAAAGAGGUUUACCAAAACACAGCAAGAACAACAGUUACUUGGCCAAAAGCUAAGAAGACCUCUUAAAGUUGUAAUUGCUUAUGUUAUUAAAUGCUAGUGUCUAAUUAUUAUAUAUUAUAA